CCCCAGGCAGGGCUGUGUGAGGCUGCACCGCUGCAGGCAUCUUCUUCCAGUGCCUGGACCCCCGUGGGGCUGUCAUCAGACACACGCACCCCAUCCUCCGUGGGGACCCCAGCAUGAAAGAAAGCUUUCCCCAGCCUCCUCUUCUGGCCUGCCGGGAAGCGCCCCACGGCCCAGGACAGCCCAACUGAAAGCAGCACCAGACCCUGCUAGAACAACAGAUGCAAAAUCUGCAGCCAUCUCGCCACUGCUCUGAGGAUCAACAGCCCCAUUAGCACCUUUUGAGAGAUCCCAACAUGUGGGGUACCUCCGCCAGUGCACCAAAUGCCCCAAGAACAACUGGGUUGGUGGAACCAGACAAUCAGGCUGCUCUCGAAUGAACUCACACAGGGAAAUGAUAAAAGAUGGACUGGAAGGGACCUUGAGAGGUCAUCUGGUCCAGGCACCUGCAUUCAAGGCAGGACUAAGUAUCAUCUAGACCAUCCCUGACAGGUGUUUGUCCAACGUGCUCUUAAAAAUCCCCAUUGAUGGGGGUUCCACAACCUCCCUAGGCAAUUUAUUCCAGCGCUUAACCGCCCUGACAGGAAGUUUUUCCUGAUGUCCAACCUAAACUGCCCUUGCUGCAAUUUAAGCCCAUUGCUUCUUAUCCUAUCCUCAGAGGUUAAGAAGAACAAUUCUUCUCCCUUCUCCUUGUAACAACCUUUUAUGUACUUAAAAACUGUUAUCAUGUCCCCUUGCAGUCUUCUCUUCGCCUAUCACCUGUGGGGGACACUUCUUUACAAAGCGAUUGCCCUACAUCUGACCUGUCAGUCCGCAUCCUCAAAGGAAACCUGCACAACACCUUCAAAAGAGGAGCCUGGGAGCUUAAAUUCAAAACUUUGCUAGACACUACAUAUCACGGAUCAAAUAGACACACUGGAUUUAUGGCUUAUUAGAACAAUCUGUAACCUACUAAUAACCCCCAUGGCUGCUUCUCCCCACCCUUCCUUUUCUCCCUGUGAUGGGGGUGUUAAUGAGACACCUUACCGUGAAUGGUCCCUCAAAAUGUGUAUUAACUACUUAUGCUAAACAAUCUGUUCCACUUGUAUUUAGCUGUGACACUCUGAGUCCGUUUCCCAGAGCUGAAGAGCUCUGUGUAGCUGAAAGCUUGUCUGAACUCUCUCAUCAACGCAAGUUGGUCCAGUAAAAGCUAUGACCUCACCCACCCUGUCUCUUGGCUGCACCAAACACAACUGCAGGGAACCCGGCUGCCGGUGUUGCCAACUCUCAUGAUUCUGUCAUGAGUCUCAGGAUAAUCAGUGUUUUCCUUAAAGCCCCAGCUCCUGGAGUCAAGUGGAAGUGUGAUGAUUUCAGCCUUCAUUCUUAAAGAAAAAUGCUGGGAAGUAUGGACCCAGAACAGCUCCAAGUGGUGCCACUUCAUCUGGACCAUCCCAGACUGCCAAAUGGACAGCGGCUUCCUCAACUACCUGAAUGGGGUCUUCUGCGUCUUCCCCUCGGGGCUGCUGCCGCUGGUGGUGACCCUAUAUGCACUCUGGCUGCUGUAUCUGUUCCUUAUCCUGGGGGUGACAGCUGAAAAGUUCUUCUGCCCCAACUUAUCUGCGAUCUCCACCAAUCUGAGACUGGCCCACAACGUAGCAGGCGUCACCUUCCUGGCCUUUGGGAACGGCGCGCCCGAUGUCUUCAGUGCUGUGGUGGCGUUCUCCGACCCUCGGACUGCCGGGCUGGCUAUCGGCGCUCUCUUUGGCGCGGGCGUGUUUGUGACAACGGUGGUGGCUGGUGGGAUCGCCCUGCUCAAGCCCUUCACGGUGGCCUCCAGGCCGUUCCUCAGGGAUGCCAUCUUCUACAUGGUGGCCGUGUUCCUGACCUUCACGAUGCUGUACUUCCGGAGGAUCACUCUGGCAGGGGCGCUGAGCUACCUCGGGCUGUACAUCUUCUACGUUCUGACAGUCGUGAUCUGCACUUGGAUUCACAAGAGGCAGCGUGGGGAAGGGUUGUCUCCUGCCGGCUCUGGCCAGCCAGAUCGUGCGUCUGACCCAGAAGAUGAGGAUUCCCUCUCCUCCAGCGUUCACCGUGAGGAGUACGAGGAGGAAUACCGGCCCCUGCUCCCCUCCGAGGAGGGGACUCUACAGAUCCUGACCAACUCCAUGAACCCUCUGGAUCGCAGGAAGUGGAGGAGGAAAUCCUGCUACUGGAGAUUCCUCAAGGUUUUCAAGAUGCCGGUGGAGUUCGUGAUGCUGCUCACGGUGCCCGUGGUGGAUCCCGAUCAGGAGGACCACAACUGGAAAAGGCCACUGAACUGCCUGCACCUGAUCACCAGCCCUUUGGUCUGCAUCCUCACGCUGAAAUCUGGUGCCUAUGGGCUGUAUAAAAUCCAGGGGGUCUUCCCAGUCUGGGGCCUGGGAAUCCUGAUUGGUGCUUUCCUGGCUGCUAUUGUCUUCUGCACUACAAAGAACGAGGAGCCACCCAAGUAUCACUGUGUGUUCGCCUUCCUGGGUUUCUUGGCCAGCGCCCUGUGGAUUAACGCAGUCGCCACAGAAGUGGUCAACGUCCUGCGGACCUUAGGCGUAGUCUUCCAGCUGAGCAACACCGUGCUGGGCCUGACGCUGCUGGCCUGGGGGAACAGCAUCGGCGGUGAGCGGAUCCAUGCACGCGGCAGAGAGGAGGAUUUCCCAGUGCAGGCUGGCUGGUCCCGGGCAGCAUUUGCUGGCUCUGGAGCCAGGGGCAGGCCAAGCAGCAGGGACUUUAAUCUGGGUCCAGCGUGUAGUCAGCUGUGUCCAAACCCCGGCACAGUGACCUUAGCAGCUGGUGUGGGUGGAGGACUCAUGCCCCUCUGUUCUCCAGCAGGACCACAUGGUGGGUUAAGCUUGGAAUUCAUGCCUCACAGUGGCAGUAUCUUUGUGGCUUCCAUUGCCACCGUUACACCAAGAGCAGCUGCUAGCUGUUUUGCACAUGUGGCAUCCUUAAUAGAGGAUGUCCCCUUCAGUCCUGCCACCGAUUCCCCGCAGCACAUAUGCUGCAAGGCACAAAGGCUGCCAUGUAUUGGGAAAUACAGGAUUUUGCCACUGUAUUGAUCUCACUGCUCUUGAUGAUGGUAGCUAUGUGGUGGCAUUUCCAGCAGGAGGUUAUGGCAGGGAAGCAGCUUCCAGUGCUACAGACCACUUAGGAGCUGUUAGCCUGGGUCCUCUGCUUGUCUCCACGGAGGUGCCAGGGCUCCAUUCCCAGCAGGCUGUGCCAACUCAUGCACGACAGUUUUCUGGUGCAACCUGCAUCUAAACCAGGAGAUGAGGGCUGCAUCUCCCCCAGGACUUUUCCAGUGCACCUGUGGAUACACACCAUCCUCUGUGCAGCAUGGCUGGGACUGCAUGGCUGAGGAGUGAGCCAGUCCUCAACCACAAAAGCAUUCACGCAGCAUCCAAAUCCCACUUAGGGACACCUCAAAAAAAGCCCACCUCUAGGAGACUGAGCCUUCCUCGUGCUGGGUCUCAUGAGCUUAGAGGUUGCCAUCUGCAACACUGGUGCAUGCAGAUGAUGUUUGUUGUUCUUCCUUUGCAGACACUUUCUCAGACCUUACCAUGGCGCGGCACGGAUACCCCCGCAUGGCCUUCGCUGCUUGCUUUGGGGGCAUCAUCUUCAGUAU